AUGCUCCUCUCAGACCUCAUCCUCGACAAGCGCGGCUCGCUCGCAAAGGUGUGGCUCUCGGCGCACCACGAGCGCAAGCUCAGCAAGCAGCAGGCGCUUGGUGUCGACGUGGGCGAGAGUGUCGACGCGAUUCUGACCGAGAGUCGGCCGAUGGCGCUGCGCGUCUCCGGCCAGCUCAUGCUCGGUGUUGUGCGUAUUUAUGGACGCAAAGUCCAGUAUCUGAUGGACGACUGCCGCGAAGCGCGUGAGCGCAUCAGCAUGACGUUCCGCCCUGGUGCCGUCGACCUGCCGCAAGACCAGGUGCGCGCGUCGCGCGGCGCCAUCACUUUCGAGUCUGGCGGCGCUGGCGAGUUUGAGGCGCUCGACAUGUUCGACUGGGGCACGUUUGACGUUCGCAUCCCCGGAGGUGGGGGGUUGCACACGGCGCCGCUCACCCAGACGAAUGCGCGCGAGUAUGGCGCCUUCAACUUUGGCCGACCACGUGCAGCUAGUAUUUACGGUGGCAGCUCGCGGGCAGGAAGCGUCGAGUCGUCGACGCAGCACCUCGACAGUCAGGACUUUCAGCCGAUCGACCUUGAUCUCGGCCUCGACUUGGGCUUCGAGGACAUGAGCAUGGAAAUUGCACGUGAAGCGCGCUCCGAACGCUCCCGAUCCAAGAGUGUGCUUCGCACUCCGAGUGUUAUUCACGAGGAAAUGGAGCUCGACCAGCCUUUUGACGCCGGUGACACAUUCGAGCCUCUCGACCUUGGCCUUGACUUGGCCGACCUUCCCGAGCUUGAGCCGGAAGCGCCUAUCGCGGCGGAGGAGCGUGCCCGCAGAUCGUCGAGCGAGCUGUCGACACCUCCACCUGAGACGCUCGAACUCACUCCUCGUGUGGCGAAGCGUGUCGCAGACGCCAAGGCCGCUCCGCGCGCCAAGCGCCUGCGCAUUGUCCGCGCUGACGCCGAACUCGAGCUUCCCGACGAGGACUUUUUCCCGCCCACAGACGACUCACCCAUCCUCGGUGAGGAGAACUUCAUCCCCGCCAACCCCGCCGCGCUGCGCCUCCGCGACAUCCUCAACGACCCCGUCGCACAUUUUAUUCCGAUGAUUGGCGCGCGCCUCUUUGCCGGCCCCCCCGGCCUUGCGCCAGAACUUGCAGAGCUGUUCACGUUCCCAUCCGACGUGCUCCGGCGGACACGGGAGGAGCCGCCCGUCAGCCCGCCACCCCGCCCGGCUAAGCGGCAGCGCAAGGCGGUCGAGCGUUCACCCGAGACCGAGGAGGAGCAGGAGCAGCACGAGGAGGAGGUCGAGGUCGGGCGCCGCGAGUCCCACACGCCAAGCGUACAUGGUGAAGGUUUCCAGUCCUUUGAGCCCGUGCUCGACUUGGAGUUAGACAUUCCGCUAGACCUGGUCCGGCGGAGUGCAACCCGCGAGCCAUCCGUUGCGCUCCCCCGCGAACCCUCGGCCCCGUUGGCGGACAGGACCCACCCCCUCGCCGUCUUUGACACACGUACCCUCUCCAGCCAGCAGACGCAGUCGGACUCUGAACACGAGGCGGACGGCUUCAGCCGUAACACGACACUGGCGAUGGGUGUGCUGCGUCGCGAGCUUGACGCGAUUGAGGCGGCGGACAAGCGCGUCAGUUUCACAAAGCUUGCUAGUGGGGCGAGUAAGCGCGCCGUCUCUGCCAUGUUCUUUGAACUUUUGGUUCUUGGGACGCGGGACGCCGUUGUCCUCAACCAGGACAAGGCGUAUGGCUCUAUCGACGUGUCAGCAAAGGAACGGCUGUAUGCGCUUACCUGA